UAUUUUUCCUCGUCCUCCUCGCCAAACAAUAAUCCUCUUCUUUCUUCCGAUCGCCGGAAUUGUUUUUCCGGUGGUGUUUAUUUCUCACUUUAACGUUUGUAAGUUAUACAAGGAUCAGAUCAAAGGUCUGAUUCCGGCGGAGAGAGAAGAGAUUCUAUCCCUCUGAUAUGAUCUUGUGCCCUUCGAUUUUUGUAUGGCACCUACGGUUUUGGCUAACCUAAACGAACCGUUGUUUCUGGGACAAUGUGGCGCCGUUUUUAUGAGGAAAUACACAAACCAACCCCUUUCCGGUGAUAUCAACAAUCCUCUUUUCAACCCUAACCCUAACCCUAACUCAAUCUCCGCUUACGGGAACAAUUCGAGCAAGCAUUUCGAUGAUUCGUUAGCUUGUGGAGAUUACGUAUCCUUUGAUCUUGAUGGGUACACCUCGAAUCAGCUCAGGGAGCUGAAGAAGCGUCUCAAUUCGGAGCUCGAGCAAGUUCGGUUCCUGAGAGAAAGGAUCGAAUCCGGUACGUUCGUGAGCGGCUCUGUUUAUACUAGUCAAGCUCGUAGCUUUGCUGAUGAAACGAAUGACGUUGGAGUGAAGAAGACGAAGAAGAAGAAAAUUGGGCAUGGUCAGAAGCGAAGCAAUCCGUUUGCUACGGACGAGCCUAGCCUUAAGCGUCCGGUGGCUUUGGAUCUAAUGCCAGAGAAGGUGUUGAAGAGUAUGAUGACGACGUGUGGUCAGAUCUUGGUGAAGCUGAUGAAGCAUAAAUGGUCAUGGGUUUUUAACCAGCCUGUUGAUGUGGUAGGUUUAGGGCUUCAUGACUAUCAUGUGAUCGUGGAGAAGCCAAUGGACCUGGGUACUGUGAAGAUGAAUCUGGAAAAGGGUUUUUACAGAUCGCCGAUUGAUUUCGCUUCUGAUGUUAGGUUGACUUUCACCAAUGCGAUCUCGUAUAAUCCAAAGGGGCAAGAUGUUUAUUUAAUGGCUGAGAAGCUUCUGGGUCAAUUUGACGUUUGGUUCAACCCUACAUUGAAGAAAUUCGAGGCUCAAGAGCUGAAAGUUAUGGGAUCAUCUUCUCGUCCUGAACCUGAGCUUAUUCAGAGAGUGUGGAAUCAGAUUCAUGUGGCGGAGAAUGCAAGGAAAGGACCUGAACAGAUUUCUAUAGCUAAAAAGCUGGAUUCUGUGAAGCCACUACCUACAUUGCCUCCUUCUCCAGUAAUGGAGAUAACACGUGACCCAUCUCCUCCUCCUUCACCGGUUCAGCCACCACCACCACCACCUCCCCAGCCGGUUAGACAAGUCGAAACACCACCUGAAGUGGGUGAAACGAAUAAGGGAAGGAAAGGGAAGUUACCAAAGCCCAAGGCUAAGGAUCCAAACAAGCGGCAGAUGACAAUGGAAGAAAAGGGAAAGCUUGGCGUUAAUCUACAAGAAUUGCCUCCUGAGAAGCUUGGACAGUUGAUUCAGAUUCUUAGGAAGAGAACAAGAGAUUUGCCUCAAGAUGGUGAUGAAAUUGAGCUAGAUAUUGAAGCUUUAGACAAUGAGACUCUGUGGGAGCUUGAUCGUUUUGUCACUAACUAUAAAAAGAUGGCAAGCAAGAUCAAGCGACAAGGGUUUAUCCAGAAUGUGUCAACUCCACCAAGAAACAUGCCUCUGGUGACAGAAAUGGGAAGCGCUGAGAAGAGAGGGAGGAAAGGAGGGGAAGCAGGAGAAGAGGAUGUAGACAUUGGUGAAGAUAUACCAGUUGAGGAUUAUCCAUCAGUGGAGAUUGAAAGGGAUGGUACAGCCGCGGCUGCUAGUGGUGGCUCUAGUUCUUCUGGCAGCUCUAGUUCGAGUGGCAGUUCUUCAUCUAGUGAUUCGGAGUCAGGGAGUUCAUCAGGAAGCGAUUCGGAUGCGGAUAGUGUGCAAUCUCCAUUUGUGGAGGCAAAAGAAGCCCCGUAAUAAUUGUUGACCGUACGUUGAUAUAUGCAUAACAACUCGAGGAGACUAGAAUCAGAGAAUUUGGACGGAGGUGGAACUUCGGUGUAAAGGGAAAGGAAGCUAAACUCGAAAGAAAAGAUUUUAAGUUUUAGGGAAACAGUAGAUAGAGGAAAAAAUGUAAAGGGUAGUUAGAGAAUUUCUAGGUUGAGCAAGAGGUGGAAGAGUUCCUUUUCCUCUUUCAGAUUAAGGUUCUUUAGUUCUUUUAGAUUAUUGUUGACACCAUGAACAGAGGGUUGAGAGUGACUUAGUAAAAGAAAAGAUUGAGAACAGAGGGUUGGUUUGUUCCUUUUUUGUCGGGAAUGAGUUUGGUAAGAAGAAAGAAAUAUGUAAUGGAGAAUGUGAAAAUGGUUCGAAGAAAAAGUAUUAUCUUUGUUC